AUGGCGCCUGUGAUGUAUGACAAGUCGCCCUUCUUUUCCAUGGAAGAAGUGGCCAAACACAACAAGAAUGAUGAUGGAUGGAUUGCAGUCGGUGGUUGUGUCUUUGACAUCACCGAGUUCGUGAAGACCCACCCUGGGUGGUCCAUUGCUGGGCAGACGUCGACCAUUAUCGCCAUUUGCCGUUGCCUGGGCACAGACUGCACAGAGGAAUGGGAGGCCAUCCACAGCCGCAAGGCCAAGGCGCAGUCGGUGGACUAUUUCAUUGGUCGCCUGGAGGGAGCCGAUGACCAAAGUCCUGCGGCGCAGCGGCAGAAGUCCUUAGGCGCCGGCUGCGUGUUGGUGAGGAUGGAAGGACCUCAGAUGGAAGAUUACGCUUCCUUCAAGCUGGACCCCAGCAGUGCUACCUUGGCGAAGCUGAGGAAGUUGCUACGCAUGGUCUUCCAGAGCCGUUUGCAUGUAGCCGUCGCGGCAGAAGCAAUCCGCAUCCUUGUCGAUGGACGGCCGUGCCAAGAAGAAAGCAAAACAUUGAGUGAACUGGGCAUUAGUUUGGGACAAGUAGAGAAACUUUGCGCGACACUGCUGAAUGCAUCGCCUGUGUAG